AUGUCUAAGCGCCUACUUGCACCAUGUAUAAUAUCGUUUGAUGCAUUUGGGACAUUAUACACUCCUCGAGAGCCCAUUUCGCUACUGUACCAUAGACUAGCCAGGCAGUUCGGGAUUAACAAGCCCGUUCAAGAGUUGGACAAAGAGUUCCCCACAGUUUUCACUGGGAUGAUGAAGGAGUUCCCAAACUAUGGGAAACACUCUAACAAUUCUAAAAUCCAAUCGUGCGACGACUGGUGGCUGGAGUUGAUCGUUAGACUAUUUAAAUUAGAGUCGUUCCAUACCAACGCCCAAUCUGAAAAAUUCUGUAAAAUGCUAUUGAAUUACUUCACAUCCAAAGUUGCUUAUGAAGUGUAUCCAGAUGUGGUUCCUACUUUGGAGUACAUAAAGAAGAAAAAUAUACCAAUGAUAAUUAGCAGCAACUCGGACAGCAGAUUGAGGGAUGUAUUACAGGAUUUAAGCUUGUCACAGUACUUCGAAGGGGAGUAUCUCUCAUAUGAACUAGGGGUCAGUAAGCCAAGUAGGGAUUUCUUUGAAAAGAUUAGGAGCCUUGAGAAAGUAAAUGGCCAAAUAUGGCACAUUGGUGACGAGUUCAACAAAGACUAUGUCGGAGUAUCAGAGGCUGGCAUCAACUGGGAGGGCAUAUUAAUAGAAAGGGACUACAAGAAAAGAAGGGAUCUACUAGAAGCGACCGGCGUGGAGGCGAUAGCGUAUUUGACAGAUAUAAAGCAAUUCAUAGAUAGUGAUCGGGCGCCAAGACAAGCUGUCAAAAGCGAUUGA